AUGGCCGCUGCCUCCUCUCUAGAGAAGGAUCAAACCCUCCUCCAGCUCCAGGAGGUGGACUCCAGACGAAUUGGCUGUCGUGUCCUUCCUCCGGUCCUCAGCUCCUCCUCUCCUGGCUUUUCCCUGGAAGCCAGCCAGCCCAUCUGCAUCCCCUCACCUUACACCGACCUCGGGCACGACUUCGCCACCAUGCCUUUCUACAGUCCAACUGUCUUCACUUAUGCCAGUCCGGGCAUUUCAGACGGCCCCUCCGUCCAUCGGUCACUCAGCCCUGCCUUGUUCUGGCCCAGCCACGGCCACGUGGGGCCGUCCAUACCUCUGCACCACUCCCAUACUCGGCCCCAGCAAGGGCAGCCAAUCCAGAGUCCGUGGGUGGAGCUGGCGCAGCGGGACGGUGUCUUAACAACCAGCAACUUACUAAGUGUGAGGAGGCGUUCUCAAGAGAGCGAGGACGCCGUGGUGUCAUCCGGCGGCAAGGCGGACCUCCACUACUGCGCCGUGUGUCACGACUACGCCUCCGGCUACCACUACGGCGUGUGGUCGUGUGAGGGGUGCAAGGCCUUCUUCAAGAGGAGCAUCCAAGGACACAAUGACUACAUCUGUCCAGCAACCAAUCAAUGCACGAUAGACAAGAACCGGCGCAAGAGCUGCCAGGCGUGCCGCCUUCGCAAAUGCUGUGAAGUCGGCAUGACCAAGUGUGGUAUGCGAAAGGAGCGUGGGAACAGCAGGAAUCCCCAGGUGAGGCGAGUGACCCGUCUGUCCUCGGAGGGCAGAACCAACGGACCGAAGACGUUGGCCGGACCAGCGGUCAGUUUGUUAAACGAGCCCCACCCUCCUGCACUGACCCCAGAACAGCUGAUUGGGCGGAUCAUGGAGGCGGAGCCGCCAGAGAUCUACCUCAUGAAGGACAUGAGGAGGCCGCUGACUGAAGCAAACGUCAUGAUGUCGCUCACCAACCUGGCUGAUAAGGAGCUGGUGCACAUGAUCAGCUGGGCCAAGAAGAUUCCAGGGUUUGUAGAGCUCAGCCUUUUGGACCAGGUGCACCUGCUGGAGUGCUGCUGGCUGGAGGUGCUGAUGAUCGGACUGAUGUGGAGGUCAGUGGACCAUCCGGGGAAACUUAUCUUCUGCCCUGACCUCAGCCUGAGCAGAGAAGAGGGGAACUGUGUCCAGGGCCUCUCGGAGAUCUUUGAUAUGCUGAUAGCUGCCACGUCCAGGGUGAGAGAACUCAAGCUGCGGAGAGAGGAGUACGUCUGCCUCAAGGCCAUGAUUCUCCUUAACUCCAACAUGUGCCUCAGCUCGUCAGAGGGCAGCGAGGAGCUGCAGAGUCGCUCCAAGCUGCUGCGUCUUCUGGACGCUGUGACGGACGCUCUGGUGUGGGCCAUCGCAAAAACCGGCCUCACCUUCCGACAGCAGUACACCCGCCUCGCCCACCUGCUCAUGAUGCUCUCGCACAUCCGCCAUGCCAGCAACAAAGGCAUGGACCACCUCCACUGCAUGAAAAUGAAGAACAUGGUGCCUUUGUAUGACCUGUUGCUGGAGAUGCUGGAUGCCCACAUCAUGCACGGCUCCCGUCUGCCCCGCCGGCCUCCCGAGCAGGAGUCCGGGAGCCAGACGCAGGUUCCUGCUCGGCCCCACGGCUCCAGUAGCGGCCCCUCGAACACCUGGACUCCCAGCAGCACUGGGAGCGGAGGUGAACCGAAGUAGUGGGAUGGUGGAGUCUUCACCGCUUUGCACAGAGAUCAUUCAUGAGACUGAUGAGACAUUUUGCUGGAGCGUUUGGCUGAAUUCUGUGAACUCAGAAAGGUAAAGCUGAAGCUUUGAGACACUAAUCAUGGUGGACUUUUGAAUCUGUUGACGUUAUUCUGCAGACAGACCAAUCUCUCGGUAUUCAUAGCCUUAUCACUACAUAUUGAAAAGUCUUGAGUGGAAACAAAGUGUUACUGAUUUGGCUAGUAGCACCAGCUUAAAUGUUCACGUAACAUGUUGCUGCCAUGAUUCCCUUGAGUUGAGGAGCUGAUUUCAUAUCGGAUCAUAUUCAUAUAUUCAUCGCGCAUGUCUGGUAUUUUUCACACAGAGAACGCUCUUUGUAAAUCAUAACUGAAGAGAUAACAAUUGCGCUAAUUAAAAUUCCUAUUGAUUGUAUUAUACAUUUUUUUAAAUCUUAAGUGAAUAAGCCUUUUUACAUGUUGGUAAAUAAGCUUAUUCGCUUACCUGUCAAUAGUUAGAUGAGAUUGAUAGAUCAAUACCACUCUCCCAUAUAUGCGAUAAAUAUGUAUCGCAGGUGGUUAGCUUAGCUUAGCAUAGAAACUGGAAAAAGGGGUAAAACUGCUAGCACCUUUUGAAACAUAAACAUGCCAUAUGAUGGUUGUUUAAUAUGUACAAAAAACAUAACCAAUGUGACAUUUUAGG